AGAACACCCUUUAUUCCUUUUCCCUAAAGUUGAUUUCUUUUCUAGCUGUUUUGCAUGGAGAGGGUGGUGGCUAAUCAAAGUGGAGGAAGUAACAUGUUGAGGGACUACAGAAAAGGGAAUUGGACAGUCGAAGAAACUAUGGUUUUAAUAGAAGCAAAGAAGAUGGAUGAUGAAAGGAGAAUGAAAAGGCAAGGGGAUGGUACUAGUACUGAAAUUAGGGGAAAUAAACCAGGAGAACUAAGGUGGAAAUGGGUGGAGGAUUAUUGUUGGAAAAUGGGGUGUUUGAGGAGCCAAAAUCAGUGCAAUGACAAGUGGGAUAAUCUCAUGAGGGAUUUCAAGAAAGUGAGGGAAUAUGAAAGAAGAGUGGCUGAGAAAGGAGAUGAUGGUAAUAAUAAUCAAGAAAUAAUUAUCAAGUCAUAUUGGAAGAUUGAGAGGAGUGAAAGGAAAGAGAAGAAUUUGCCAACUAAUAUGUUGCCUGAGAUUUAUGAGGCACUGGUUCAAGUUGUGGACAGAAAAUGUACUCAAAAAUUGCUAGUGGGUGGUGGUGGUACUUCUGCUGCUGCUGCUGCUGUUUCUUUAAAUCCAAGCACAAGUUUGACUAAUUCUUCGUCUCCCACAUUGCAACAACAAUCUUUUCAAGCUCAAAUUGCAGCUUUGCCACUUCCACCACCACCACCAACAUUGUCACCACCAGCAGUAGUAGCACAACAAUCAGCUCAGCCACCUAGUCUUCCUUACACUCAACCUUUACCCGCAAUGUGUGAUAGCUCAGAUCCUGAUAGAAGUGAGCAUUCAGAUUCACCAGCCAAGAGAAGAAGAAAGGGUGAAGGAGAAGGAACAAGUAGUGGUAAUAACAACAUAAACAACUUGCAAGAAGUUGGCUCUGCUAUCUUCAAAAGUGCUGCUAUUAUAGCAGAGACAAUUCAAGCUUCUGAAGAGAGAGAGGAGAGAAGGCACAGAGAACUCUUAUGUUUGCAUGAGAGAAGGCUGCAAAUUGAGGAAUCAAAAGCUGAGAUCAAUAGACAAGGCAUCAAUGGGCUUGUUGAUUCUAUCAAUAAACUUGCCAAUUCAAUCCUUUCUUUAGCUGGUAAUAAGAACCAAGCUGCUCCCCCUAAAUAGCUAGCUAGUAUUAGUUCUUUUCCUCAUUAUGAAUUGAUUAUGGAAAAGUACUUCAAAGUAAACAUAUAGUAAUUGGUAUAACUAGAGAAAAUAUUAUUAAUCACAAUUGCUUGUACAUAUAGCUGAUGAACUUGAUUAUCAUUAAUUCAUGUAUCUUGUUUCAUUUUGUGGAUAAUGUUCCACAUACUAUAUCGAGGUUACAUUUCUAGAUCUCUCUCAUGUAAUACCAAAUCAAAAGGUU